UGAAGAUGUAUAAAUAAACGAUUACAUUUUCUGAGUAGCGUGAGGAAGAGGCAGAAGCAUGAGAUACCUUAUUUUACUUUUAUUUGCUAUUCGGUUUGCUGAAUCCAGAAUUAUCCCUACGGGUGAAUGCAUCGCAUUAGACACCCAACGUUGUAAAAUUGCCUAUGAUAGGUUUAAGAUCAAGAAAACAAUGUGCAAUGAUUAUGAAGGUUUUCUUCGUUGCGUUGAGACACGUGAGGAUCGCUGUUAUAUAAAGUAUAGGGUUCGACACAUCUGUGCAAGAAAGAUGGAUCACGACCGGGAGGUGAAACGUAAGCUACGAGAUAGACACGAAUACAAACACGAAUCGACAACCAGUUCGAGUUCCAGGUCCAUAAUUAAGAUGACGUUCAGAGGGGUAAUCGUUACUGCAUUUGUGGGUACAUUAUUAAUGCAUAACAAAGUAAAUUGAAUGCAAUCACAAUAAUAUUACCAUGUGAAUCUGAAAAUUUGAAAGAGGUUCCAGUCGUGUGUCCUUGAAACAUAUCAGUCACAAUAAGAUGUUAAACUAUAUUUUUUUUUCUUUUUCCCUCUCUCUUAAUUCUAAUAAAGCGAUCAAUGUUCAAA